CAGGUUUCUUGCAAGGCAAACUCUGCCUGGUGUCGAGCCCCCUUUUCUUCUUCAGUGCCAACUGUAAAACUCUUCAUCGAUGGAAAAUUUGUUGAAUCCAAAAGUGACAAAUGGAUCGACAUCCACAACCCAGCCACCAAUGAGGUCAUUGGGCGGGUCCCAGAGGCCACCAAGGCUGAGAUGGAUGCAGCUGUUGCCGCCUGCAAGCGCGCUUUUCCUGCGUGGGCAGACACGUCUGUGUUGAGCCGGCAGCAGGUCCUGCUCCGCUACCAACAGCUUAUUAAAGACAACUUGAAAGAAAUUGCCAGGUUAAUCACAAUGGAACAAGGGAAGACCCUAGCCGAUGCUGAAGGCGAUGUAUUUCGAGGCCUUCAGGUGGUUGAGCAUGCCUGCAGCGUGACGUCUCUCAUGCUGGGGGAGACCAUGCCAUCCAUCACCAAAGACAUGGACCUGUAUUCCUACCGCCUGCCUCUGGGCGUGUGUGCAGGCAUCGCUCCGUUCAAUUUUCCUGCCAUGAUACCCCUUUGGAUGUUUCCCAUGGCCAUGGUUUGUGGAAAUACUUUCCUAAUGAAACCGUCAGAGCGGGUCCCUGGAGCAAGCAUGUUGCUUGCUAAGUUGCUGCAGGAUUCCGGCGCCCCCGAUGGGACGCUGAACAUCAUCCAUGGAAAGCACGAAGCUGUGAAUUUUAUUUGUGAUCAUCCGGACGUCAGAGCAAUCAGCUUUGUGGGCUCCAACCAAGCUGGAGAGUACAUCUUCGAGAGAGGGUCAAGACACGGCAAGAGGGUUCAAGCCAACAUGGGAGCCAAAAACCACGGAGUUGUCAUGCCAGAUGCCAAUAAGGAAAACACCCUCAACCAGCUGGUGGGCGCGGCGUUCGGAGCUGCUGGCCAGCGCUGCAUGGCUCUUUCAACUGCAGUCCUCGUGGGCGAAGCGCGGACGUGGCUGCCGGAGCUGGUAGAGCGCGCCAAGAAACUGCGAGUCAGUGCAGGAGACCAGCCCGGAGCUGAUCUGGGCCCCCUGAUCACCCCCCAGGCCAAAGAGCGAGUCUGCAGUCUGAUUGGCAGUGGAGCGAAGGAGGGCGCGUCCAUCCUGCUGGAUGGGCGAAACAUUAAAGUCAAGGGCUAUGAAAAUGGUAACUUUGUGGGGCCGACCAUCAUCGCCAACGUCAAGCCAAAUAUGACCUGUUACAAAGAGGAGAUUUUUGGCCCAGUUCUUGUGGUCCUGGAGACAGAAACACUGGAUGAAGCCAUUAAGAUUAUAAACGACAACCCAUACGGAAACGGAACAGCCAUCUUCACCACCAAUGGAGCCACUGCCCGGAAAUACUCCCACCUGGUGGACGUGGGACAGGUGGGCGUCAACGUCCCCAUCCCAGUGCCUUUGCCAAUGUUCUCGUUCACCGGCUCGCGAGCUUCCUUUAGAGGAGACACCAACUUCUACGGCAAACAGGGCAUCCAGUUCUACACACAGCUCAAGACCAUCACUUCUCAGUGGAAAGAAGAGGACGCCACCCUCUCCUCACCUGCUGUGGUCAUGCCAACCAUGGGCCGUUAGGAACGCGUUCCUCACACCCAGCUCACCCUCCAUAACCUCCCCUCACUCUUCACCAACUUCAUUUGCCAGCUUUGUUCAGAUCAGAUCUCUGGGACUGGAAUACGUUUGACUAAAAUCUUUCUCAGGACAUGGUCCUUCAAAACUGUUCUAGGGAGACACCAGGAUAAUACUGACACCAGAUUUUCACUCGCUUUUCAUACUUCUGUUUUUGAGGUACCUGGUAGAACUGUAGAAUGGUCAUCUGGAAUGAGAGCCUAAACUUGUUUUCUAAAAAUUCUCCCCUUUUCUGACAACUUGAAGGCAGGCAAAGCCAGUAUUCCCAGAAGGUGCUGACUGGAAGAACCUUGGAUGGGGAGAUAGUAUGGAAAUACACAGUUCAUGGUCUGGUUGAGCCGCAGCCAGCCCGCCACCAGUGCCAGCGGGAGAGGCCCUUGGGCCAGGUUUUCCUGAGCCUCUUCCUCAUUCUGUGCUACGUAGAUGUAAUCUACUUCUACAUGCCCAGUAUUGUGACGGCUGCUCCUUUUUUGCUCAGUGCCACUUGUCCUUGUGAUUCAUGAUCACUGUUUAAUCCUGUCAUUGUCCCUGUUCCUAAUUCUUAAAGUCACUUCUUAAGAAUACCUCAGUAUUCAAUGAAUAAAACAAUUUUUUAUU